CACAAUAUAUCGUUGGACGGUUUAAUUACUCAUUUUCAUAUAUAAUAUCUUGCAUUUUCCCUUCUAAAACAAUCGGUCUCUGGUAGUAACAUUUGUUUAAACACCAUAAUAGUAGAUAUGACUACGCUAGAAACGAUAAAGCAAUCAAAACCGUAUAGAUAUACUUCCAAGGUAAUACUGUUCUUAAUAGGCCAAUGGUUUUUUGUAUUACUUGGUGUGUUCAUAGCAUUAGCUCAUUCAUUUCCUAACUUUGCCAGACAGGGAGGGUUAAUUAGAGCAGAAUACACCAUCAGUUAUGGUGCCGUUGCCAUUAUUUUUUUGAUUAGUGGAUUAUCAAUGUCUACAAAACAGUUGCUAGUUAAUAUUGCUAAUUGGAGAGCACAUUUCACCGUGUUAUCCAUGUCGUUUUUAAUCACAAGUUCCAUCAUU